AUGUCCCCCGCCUCAAUUCAAAAUGAGCAAGACACCGACUCCGACUCCGAUGUCGAGUUUGAGGAUGUCCCAAUAGCCCUUCCACGCAGGCCCAGAAACAGGGAAGACACAGACAUCGCAAUAACUAUCGCCUCAACCCCGCAACCACAAUGGAGCCCAACUCUAUCACUCCCGCAACAGCGAAGCCAACCCAUCCCCUCGGGCUCCGAGGAAGAAACCCAGCUGCGAGGCCAAAUCAGCACCGGUAUAGAGAGAAUUACAUACCGCAAAAUGAAAUCCGACAUGGGCAUGGACGCACCGGAUACACCCGCUUCGGAACGCAGGUAUGAUAGCUUCAAAGAGCUUGCUGCAGAUGUGGAGGGUCUGGUUGAUACGCUUUGGGCGUCCGCAACACCGGCAAUCCAAACCGAAGCCCUCAUAACACUAGCAGGCUUAACCCAAACCUCCCUUCCAGCCUUCCCCUUCGAUGCCCCAUCAACCCUAAACAUCCUCCACAAGCUCGACUCCAUCUUCGCAGCGCUGUGCACAGGCACACACCCGCUCACCGGCGCCGUUCUCCCAGGCGCACAGACGGGCCAGUCUCUCGUGACAGAGACGCAGAAAGUGCGGAUCCGGAGUUUGGCGGAGAGGACUAGACAUCAAGUCUUUUCUUGUUUGGCAAAGUCGAAUGACAGAGGUAAUGCUGCUGCUACUGUUAGUGCUAAUGCUCAUGAUUAUGUUUAUGGGGAUGACGAGGAUGAGGAUAGUGGCGAUGAGGCCGACGAGCCCUGGAUGUUGGAGGCUACGCGGCUUUAUGAGAAGAGCCUUAUGUUGCUUGCGGAGCAGGAUCCUGAGGUGGAGGCCGGGAUGGAUGAGUUUAACUGUUUGUAA